CAGCCAUUUAUUUAUUCUUAUUUCCAUCUAGCUCAACUCAUGUGAGCUUACUCGGACUAAUUUCGCCCAUAGCUCUCUCCACCAAGAAUCUAGUCUACUCAGAAUUACAAAAAUCUGAAGUAUUCCGUGCACGAAUCGAUCAUUAACGCAUAAAAGAAAUGAUAUUUUAGCAGUGUCCUGAUUCCAGGCUGAAAGAGGGAGAGAAGCUUGCGUUAUCAACGCUACCUUCCUUUGGCACCGGCGCUGUUAGCCGGAAUAUAUCAAAUCGCUAUCGGUUUUAUUAGUGUUUUAGAUCACCACUUAUGCAAUAGCAGUCAUUUCCCGAUCACCGAUCUCUUCAAUUCCGUCUGAUUCCCGAAAACGAGAUAACAAUUAGGCCCAAUGGGACAAGCUUUCCGCAAGCUCUUCGACACCUUCUUCUGCAACAGCGAGAUGAGGGUUGUAAUGCUAGGGCUUGAUGCAGCUGGAAAAACUACUAUACUCUAUAAGCUACACAUAGGAGAAGUUCUAUCAACAGUUCCCACCAUUGGUUUCAAUGUGGAAAAGGUGCAGUAUAAGAAUGUGAUUUUCACUGUCUGGGAUGUUGGUGGACAAGAGAAGUUACGGCCUCUCUGGAGGCAUUACUUCAACAAUACAGAUGGACUGAUAUAUGUUGUUGACUCUUUGGACCGAGAGAGGAUUGGAAGGGCCAAAGAAGAGUUUCAGGCCAUUAUCAAAGAUCCUUUUAUGCUUAAUGCAGUAAUUUUAGUUUUUGCGAACAAACAGGACAUGGAUCUGGCAUCAGGGAAGAUGAUUGGCAGUGCUAGAGAGGAGGAUGGCCUCUAUAUUUUUGAUGAAGGAACACAAUUGAAUAAACAAGAAAGGGGCGAUGACACCCAUGGAAGUAUGUCAAGGCCUUGGACUGUAUGACCUUAGGAACAGGAAAUGGCAUAUACAAGGGACUUGUGCUUUAAAAGGGGAAGGACUUUACGAGGGUCUUGACUGGUUGUCAAGCACUCUGAAGGAGCACAAAGCUUCUGGCUUCUCCUCAGUAGGCGGCGGCACUUCAGCCUUUUGAUUGUUCCAACUCUGUAUGUAAUUUGGCUUUUCUUAUCUGAGAUUUGAUUGAAUAUAGGCUUUUGUUUUGUUUCGUUGUUUGAAGUCGUCAAUUUUAUAUACCACCUUGGGCAGCAGGUUUAAUAGAGGACUUCAAGUCUUCAAUGCUUCCGUGACUACAAAAGAGAAAACCCUCUUCUUGUAAUGCUGCAAAACUAAGAUUCGAAUUCUUUGUUGCUCCCAGCAUUCUUAGUAUUGAAUGAAAAUAGAUGUUUAACUAUGGUGUUUUGUAUAUUGGAGGAGAGGCCUUUUUAUUGAUACUUCAAAGUUCAAAUGUGUGUAGAGUUUGGCAGUUGGAUGAACUUUUGC